AUGUCUCAAUUCUUCUCUCAAGAAUCUCAUCACAAUGUCCCACAACCACCACGAAGUUCAACCAUCGUUGUUCCUCUUGUCAAGUUUUCAUGUUCUUUAACUCAUCAAGGCAGCACCACAGGUUCCCAUUGGACUCAUUAUUCGAGGAAUGACCUCGAACUUGUGAUCCAAAGGGUGCAAGUGGGGGAUCCCCAAGGCCAGCAAAGAAGUGACUUGGUGAUGAAAGUGGUGGCAGGCGCUGAAUAUCUGGAGGAACAGAAUUUAGAGGAUAUCGCAAGAAUCUUCAAAAACUUCAUCUCAUCACCAGGUAUCGAAAUUCCGGUUAGAGUCGUGGUUAAGCCUCCACUCCUUGCACUGCGCUACCCAAAGUUUCAUGAUGUUCGUAGGUUACAAUUCAGGUUUCGUGAUGACUCAGGCUUCAAUCAGAUUGUCAGUGUUUUGACAAACCUAGGUUUGGCGGCAACCGACAGUGCACCGUCGGGGCCUGCUAUGCAACCCCGUCCCUCAACUGUAAACUCGACAUCUUCGGGUAUAUCUAUGAUAUCUUCUACUCCGACUACAAGUUAUCUCUCUUCAUCUCAAAACACCGAAUUCAAAGUUCCAAUGCGACCAGACUCAGCCAGUUCUAUACCUCAAAGAUCAAGCAGCUCGUAUGCAUCCCGAUCCGAAAAUCACCUCUUGAACAGGCCACAAUCCGCCAUGUCCAUAUCUUCAUUCAUGCCCCAAUCUAAAUCAUAUGUCGAAGCGCUUAAAAGAGCACAAUCAGUGUACGCAUCUCAACUCGAGAAAGAGCCACGCGAAAUACAAUCUUCGAACUGGGUAGUACCCUCACCAAACGACAUACCUCUGAGUCACGAUACAUACAUGAACCGAGUUUUGUUGUCGAAGCCUGAAGAAUCGCAACCGCGUUUCUCUUCAUCUCCCUUUUUCGAAACACAUACAAAAGAUUGCUUGCCCAACGGGCUGACGUCAUCUUGUUCGGAUAAUGGUACAGAUUAUUCUAUAUACAAUGGACAUGGAACUACUACUAUGCCACGUAAUCUUAGCUCAUUCGAAUAUUAUCCAUUACCUCGUUUGACUGAGUAUUCUACCUUCAGUGCACUUGGAACACGCCCAGUAUCCCUCCCAACUGAGCAUGAUUCUUGCUCUAACCCUCCCAUACCACCAAAGCGACAAUUACCGUUCGCUACAGUAAAAUGUCCUUUGGAAUCUGUAUCUAUCGCCGAGGACACCAAUCUACUUGUUCAAGCUUUGGACCAGCGAAAGAGACCACUUAAAGAAUUUCUUGAUGCAAAUCCACCAAAGGAGAUUUCCACGCCUGCUAAAAAGCCAACAGGGAGGCGCGUCGCAAGUAGAAAGGGUACUCUACAUUUACCAGCAAUAAAUGACUUCUCAACUAGAGCUGUACCUCCAAUAAUUCGCUCAUCAGGUGAUGGUCUUGAUGUACCCAUACAAACGGAAGAGCCGUCUUCUCUUGUGACAAAGAGUGUUAUCGCACCACGUGCAUCACUACCAUCAAAGCUGCAGUCGAUAGAAGUCACGGCUAGACAGCGACCUGUAGCCACCCUUCCAGAUAAGCCCAUGAUUCCAAAAAUGGUAGACAGAUCUACACAAACUCAAACUCUGUCAGGUCGAGAUCAUACAGCAGCUCUUAAACUAGGGCAGAGUACUUCUGUUGCAGAAGCUCUGUCAAACUUGCCAACAGCUUUUGAGCCGCCACCAAUAUUACAGAAUGAUUUGGACUUGUUUGUAUCAAGGUACAGUCCUCGCUCACGGGUUUCUUUGCCGCCAAGUUAUAGCGAUAUGCCCGAUGAUGUACGUCAUAAAAUGCUCAAUGAUUUCAUAAUCGAGAACUUGGAGAAUGAAGAUUUUCUCAAACUGGCUGAGGAUAUGGAUGCAUCUUGGCGUAGGAUGGGUCUCACGAGAUAA